CAGCCGGGCUGGGGUGGGGGGAGGGGCCGGGCUCCGGCGGCGGCGGCGGCGGCGGCGGCGCUCGGGGCGGGCAGGGCCGGCAAGGGCGGGACUGGCCCGCUGCGGGCGGACGGGGGAGCCGCGGAGCUAACGGGUCCGGACGCCGGCGGCGCCAGCGGCUUUCUGCACGGGCGGAGGCGGCGGCAGCGGCGGCGAGUAUGGCCCGCGCGGAUCCCGGCGCUGACUGAGGGCCCUGCGGCUGCAGCCGGACGCCUUGCCUGAGUGAGCCAAGGGAUCAGUGCUAGCGCCAGCCCCUGGGGGCAGGAAGGAGGCGCCAUAGACCCAGAGGACCAGCAGAGCAGCUCCCUGCUGACCACCAGCCCCCGAGGACCCGCAGCAGAAAUCGGAGCUACGCACCUCCCCCCCGACGGCCACUGCAGUUGGGACCCGGGCAGCAAAGCGGAAGGACCAGCAGCCGCCAACGCCAGGAGGAUCUUGGGCGUGGCAGCGGGGGUGACCCACGGGCCUUCGUCCCCUGGGUCCUGGAUCCCCUUCCCUGGCCGAGGCUGGGGCUGGGCGGGCCCCUCCCCGGGCGGGCGGCUCUGUUGCAUGGAAGCCCGGCCGCACCAUGCCCAGGCCUUCUCUCUGCUGACGGGGUGGGAGGGCGUCCCCGCUGCCUCCGCCUCUGCUCAUGAGCCACAAGGACCCCGGCUGCUCCAGACUGGACCGUUCGAAGCCGCCAAGGAGGGGCCCCACCAGAGCUGGCAGCCAGCAGCCCCGAGGAACUCGAAGGCCGGCAUGGAUUGACCCCUCGCUCGCCGGCGGGGCAGAAGGCGCAGAGCACCUGUGGCCCAGCUAGUGCCGGAGAGACUCCACGACGCCACAAGGGGGGGCCCAGGCGGCUCGGGGAUGGGGGUCUGCUACUGCCAGCAUCCUUCGCCCUGACGGGGGUGCGGACAGCGUGGCGUGGGGGCCCCGCCUCCCUCCCCUUAUGUCCUGUGCGCCUGGAGCCGGAGCAGGCAGGCUACUUCGGGGCCCCGGCGCCCCCCCACGGCCCCCCUGCACGGCGCACCAUGAAGUGCUCCCUGCGCGUGUGGUUCCUGUCGGUGGCCUUCCUGCUGGUCUUCAUCUUGUCCCUGCUCUUCACCUACUCCCACCACAGCAUGGCCGCGCUGCCCUACCUGGACUCGGGGGCCCUGGGCGGCACCCACCGGGUGAAGCUCGUGCCGGGCUACGCCGGCCUGCAGCACCUCAGCAAGGAGGGCCCGGCCAGCAAGAGCUGCGCCUGCCCCCGCUGCCUGGGCGACUCCGGGGCCUCCGACUGGUUCGACAGCCGCUUCGAUGGCAGCCUGUCCCCCGUCUGGACCCAGGAGAACAUGGACCUGCCCCCGGACGUCCAGAGGUGGUGGAUGAUGCUGCAGCCCCAGUUCAAAUCACACAACACCAGAGAAGUACUGGAGAAGCUGUUCCAGAUCGUCCCCGGCGAGAACCCCUACCACUUCCGGGUCCCCCAGCAGUGCCGCCGCUGCGCCGUGGUGGGCAACUCGGGCAACCUGCGGGGCUCGGGCUAUGGGCCGGACGUGGACGGGCACGACUUCAUCAUGAGGAUGAAUCAGGCUCCCACUGUGGGGUUUGAGCAGGAUGUUGGCAGCAGAACCACCCACCACUUUAUGUAUCCUGAGAGUGCCAAGAAUCUGCCCGCCAACGUCAGCUUCGUGUUGGUGCCCUUCAAGGCUCUGGACCUGCUGUGGAUCGCCAGUGCCCUGUCCACAGGCCAGAUCCGAUUCACCUACGCUCCAGUGAAGUCCUUCCUCCGGGUGGACAAAGAAAAGGUUCAGAUCUACAACCCGGCCUUCUUCAAGUACAUCCACGACCACUGGACGGAGCAUCACGGGCGCUACCCUUCCACGGGCAUGCUGGUGCUCUUCUUCGCCCUGCACGUGUGUGAUGAGGUGAACGUGUACGGGUUUGGGGCCGACAGCCGAGGCAACUGGCAUCACUACUGGGAGAAUAACCGGUACGCGGGCGAGUUCCGGAAGACGGGCGUGCACGAUGCGGACUUCGAAGCCCACAUCAUCGACAUGCUGGUCAAGGCGCGAAAGAUCGAGGUCUACCAAGGCAACUGAAGUCGGCCUCGCCGCGACGCCGGGGAGCGGGAUCCCGGGCGUGAGAAGCUCCCUCGCCCAGGGCCGCGCCAGGGUACGCAGUCCGGACCAACCGCGCUGCAGCCCGGCGAGCGCUGCCGGCUCCCGCCAAUCACGAGACUCUGAGGGGCUUGGCACCAAUCGGCGCUUCGGAGGGCGGAGCCUCGCGACCAAUCUUGCAAUUCAAGGAGAACUUCCGGCCGCUGCGCUCCGGCCCCUCCAAUCAAUGGCCUUCGGGGGCGGGCUGGCGGCCGUUUGAGUCCCCGCUUCCCUGCGCUUCCGGUUGGGAUCUGAUUUCUUGCUUUCUGUGGAGCCGAGGUGGGGUCCGGCUCGGUGAAGUACUGUCAGGCCGGCUCGGGGCGGCGACCCGGCUUCGCGGGAGGGUCUGGCCGAGACGCCGAGGCAAUUGGCGUCCCCCGGGCCGCUGUGGGGGAGGGCCGAUGCCCGCCGAAGGAACGCAGUGAGCAGCCCGAGGGCGCCCGGCCCCUCGCCCCCGCCCCUCCCGCCUUGGGCCAUCCUACGGAAUGGCCUUUCCGACCAGGGCAUCUAGUGCCUCACGGGGAAAACAGAAUCCUCUAACUCGCGUCUAGGUGUGAGGAGCUGGGCAGGGGCCCGGGAAGCCCCUCGCAUCCAAUGUCAGGUGCUUCUCGCUCCCGUGAGCCCUUGGCCCCUCUGGUCGCGCCCUUUUUAGCCUCUCUCCUGCGGCCCCCGGGCCGCCUCACCAGCCUACUUGUUGCUCAGAAAAAAAAAAAAAAAAUCCAAACCUGCUCUGGGAUCGGGGCGCUGCUGCUUCCCCUCCUUUCUUCUGUCCCUCUCACGUGCACACUCGCGUCUCCUGGCUCCGGGCACAGGGAGCAGCAUGGGGGCAGGGAAGCUGGAGCAGGGGGCGAUCCACCAAGGUUCGUGGAGCUCUGGGCUGGGGGCGCGGGUGGGAGGGUUGGAGGGGGGGGGAAGACGUCGACUGCCCGCAGCUGGCUGCCUCCCCCGCCCUGCCCGCCCCUGUCCACCCUCCAAACCAGGGGCACGACCUGGCUUCAGUCCCAGAAAGAAGCUGCCCUCCCCUUGAAGGUGGGGCAGCCUGAAGGGGGGCCGGGCUUCUGUGAAGCGCGCAAGCGUUAAAAGGCCCCCCCUCUGCACCCUCGAGGAACACCAGACACCCCCCUGCAGCUCUCCGGGCUCCGGGCCAGGAACGGGGGCGGGAGGGGGUUGUCUUUGGAGGAGGGUGGGCGCGGCAUGAGAACCUCGCUGGAGCCUGUUUUCUAUUUCAGAAGUAGGGGGCAGAAAGAAUGGGGCAGGAUGGGGGGGGUCCGGAGGGGAGUGCCUGGGGCACCGGUCCCUCAAGGCACCAGUUGCAUCCCUGUGCUUCCUGAAGAGGCUGUCUUGAGUGCUUAGAUGAAAAAAACAAUGCAAUUAUGCCAAACAGUAUGGAACUAUGGAACGGAGUAAUUUAUUUCUUGUUUUGUUCUUUUUUUUUUCUAUUUUGUUUAAGCCAUUAAUAAGUCCCCUUUCUGAAGAGGUAGGUCUCAGCACCCGUCCCAGAUCGCCUUUUCUGUAAUAGUUGUUUAAACUUUUUUUUUUUGUUUCCUUUCUCUUUCUGAAUUAAAAGAACAACAACAAAAGCCUGU